AUGUCAUCAACAAAGGCCACUAUACUGCUACUGGGAGGGACAGGUAAAGUUGCGUCGCGCAUUGCAAAACGUCUCUCCGAAGCCAACUACUCCGUUCUCCAGGCAUCUAGAUCUGGCAAAUCAACAGCAUCUUAUCAAAAUUGCUCGGGAGUAAAGUUCGACUGGUCCGAUGAGAGCACUUACGAUCUGCCAUUUUAUGGCCCGGCAAUCGCAGCGGUAUUCAUCGUGUCACCUCCUGUACUCAACAAUUUAGAGCCAUCUAAGAAGUUCAUUGAAAUUGCAAGAAAAAAAGGAGUUAACAGAUUUGUACUGCUCAGUGCCAGUCUUCUAGAGGUCGGCGAUGGACCUGCUAUGGCUCAGGUCUCCAAGUAUAUUGCCGAGUUAGGAGUUGACUAUGCUAUUCUUCGAUCCACAUGGUUCAUGGAAAACUUCUCCGAAGGACAGCACCAACCCACCAUUCGGGAUAGUUCUCAGUUCUACACUGCUUCUGGAGAUGGAAAAGUUCCAUUUGUCUCUGCAGAUGACAUCGCGAACGUUGCUUUCUGCGCCCUUACAGACGAGAAACCGCACAAUACGGAUCAUUUGAUCCUUGGGCCGGAGCUUUUCACAUACGAUGAGGCUGCAGCUCUCAUCUCCUCUAAACUCGGACACACAGUCACACACGUAAGAAUCACAAAGGAGCAAUUUAAAGAAGGGUUGAUGAAAUAUGGCGUCGAGGAAGCUUUUGCAACAAUGCUUGCAAGUCUUGAUACUUAUGUCAGUCAGGGCUGGGAGGCAAACUUGAACGAUGUUGUUGAGAAGGUGACUGGGAAGAAGCCGAAAACUUUUGAGGCUUUUGUCGAAGAGUGUGCUGAGAAGGGUGUUUGGGUCAAGAAGUGA